AUGAGUUCAAAAGCCAAAGAGCAGCCAAAAGUGGCCAUCCAGAGGCGGUCCAGAGUCGUUGGCGUUGUGAUUACUCAGCUUGUCGAGCAAGUUCCGGCUGGAAAAUCAACACCUGACUUCAUCCGGAAGCCAAUGGCCAUGACGGUUAAUGAAGGGAAAAGAGCAUUUUUUAAGGCUAUCGUUGAUGGUGAGCCAAAACCGAGUGUCACAUGGGGGAGGAACAAAGGCGCUGUCAAUGGCUCAGAAGAGUUCCAGAUGAGAUAUGACGAAAAAUCCAAGGAAUACAUCCUUGAGAUACCGUAUGCAAAGAUGGACCUCGCUGACAUCUACAAAUGCUUUGCUACCAAUGAAUAUGGCACAGCUGUUUGCUCCGCCACCCUCAAAAUCAUUAAAGGUGAGGUGCAGGUUCACAAUGGAAUGUUGUCUGAAUCUCAACAAGACUUCAGAUCAAUGCUCAAGAAAACUGCUGUUGUCACCAGGAAAAAACAGCUCCCACCACAGAAAGAGGGCGAGCUCGAUCCUAAACUCUGGGAACUGCUUCUCAGUGCUCGAAAGAAAGACUACCAAAAAAUAUGUUUGGACUUUGGGGUUACUGACUUCCGCUGGUUGCUGAAAAGAUUGAAUCAGAUGAAAAAGGAAAGGGCAGAUGAACAAGCAAAGGUUGUCGAGAAUCUGGAAAAUGUGAAACAAAUUGAAGUGAAACCCAACGGAAGGGCAGAAUUUAGCCUGGACAUGACCUUACUGGAUCGUAACAGCAAAAUUUAUCUAUACAAGGAUGGUAACAUGAUUCCGUAUGGUAACGAUGAAAAGUCAAAGAUUCGCCUGCAGAAACGUGGGACCAAGUACUGCUUCAGCAUCAAAGAUCCUCAGCCAGAAGAUGCUGGCUUGUAUCAGGUUGAUGUUGGUGAUAUAAACGUUCUUUCAACUGACUUCCAAGUUCCUGCUGUGGAGUUUGUUGACAAGAUAAAGGAUGCGAAAGCAUUGGAAAACAACAAUGCCACUUUUCAGUGUGUCCUGUCAACACCCCUAAAUGGAAUCACAUGGUCAAUGCUGGACUCGUCGCUUGAGGACGGGGACAAAUAUGAGAUGACUGUCUCAGAAGACAAACUAGUUCACACACUAACAAUUAAAAACUGUGGCAAGGCUGACCAUGGAGAGUAUUACGCUAUUGCUGGGACUACAUCUUGCAGUGCAUCUCUCGCAGUGGAAGCCGAUCCGAACGCUCAUAAAGGUCUUAAGGGCAAGAAAGCUGAGGAUGACUUGGCUAAAACUGCUCUGGAGCAAAAAAGUCAGACAGAGGACAAGGAGGAAAAGGAUGCUCUGCAGAAUGGACAAAAUGACUCCGGUGGAAAGAUUGUUGCUGGGUCUAGCAAAGAGACUAAUAUAACCAAGUAUUUUCAGUAUUGUAAUCUUCUGACUCUUACAGUUGCAGGUCUAGGUGUUCAGUUUGUCAGUGGACUGUCAGAUAUCACAACUAAUAUUGGUGGCCGGGCCGAGCUAUGUUGUAAAUUAAGCACUGAGAACUCUCAGGGAAAGUGGUACAAAAAUGGGAAACUGCUCACCAGUGAGGAUGGGCACAAGAUUAUCAAAGAUGGUGCAAAUCACAAACUAAUCAUUGACUGCUGUCAAAAAGAUGAUGUAGCCAUGUAUCGCUUCGAAGCAGAUGGACGCAAAUCAGAAGCAAAGCUGAAUAUUCAAGAUCCACCAAAGAUUGACACUAAUGCACUUGGAGAAUUCACAAAGCCGGUGAUUGUAAAAGCAGGUGAAAUUGCGAAAUGGAAGCUUCUAUUCUCAGGUGGAGAACCGAUGAACAUUCAGUGGUAUAAAGAUGACGAUGAGCUUUUGCCUGCCCUCAAUGUGAAGAUUGAGAAAUCAUCCACUCACAGCAAGCUUCGCCUGGCAAAAUGCCAAAGGAAAGACAGUGGCGAGGUUAAAAUAAAAAUAAAGAAUGAAUAUGGAACAACAGAAGCUAUUUCCAAACUUAUAGUUUUGGACAAACCCACACCACCACAAGGACCUGUGGACAUUAUAGAAAGUGCGGUAACAUCUGUUGAAUUCAAAUGGAAACCACCAAAAGAUAACGGCGGACGCCCUGUCACAAACUACAUGAUAGAACGCCAGCAGGUUGGACGCAACAAAUGGUCCAAUCUGGGGGAGAUCAGUGGAAAUGCACCAGUUUACAGAGACUCGGGUGUGGACCCUGGAAGGAGAUACUGCUAUCGGAUCAGAGCCAAGAAUUCAGAGGGCAUUAGUGACUACCUGCAGACUGAAGACAUAUCAGCUGGUGUAUUACGUUAUCCGGGAGCCCCUUCGGCACCUAAAGUGGUCUCUGCCGUCAAGGACUGCAUUAGUCUGAAAUGGUGUGCCCCUUGUGACACCGGAGGGACCACAAUCAUGGGAUAUAAUUUGGAAAAGAGGAAGAAAGGCACUAAUUACUGGAGUCUUGUAAACCAAGGAGGACCAAUAAAGGGAUUAACACAUGGGGUUAAAGAUGUAAUUGAGGGGGCAGCAUAUGAAUUCAGAGUGUCAGCCAUCAACCUAUCUGGUCCUGGGGAUCCAAGCAUUCCGUGUGAUACCGUAUUUGCAAGAGAACCAAUGAAAGCCCCGGGCAAAGUCACAGACCUAAAAGUAACAUCCAGCGAUUAUACAACCUUGUCUCUGGCUUGGACUAAAAUCAAGGAGGUCAAAGGGUCACAUGGUGAUGCCCAAGGCUACUACGUGGAAAUCAGACCCACAGAGAGCCCUGAAUGGACCCGUUGCAACACCCUGCCAAUUACUCCCACUACUUACACUGUGCAUGGCUUAAAGGCCAUGGCAGCGUACUGGGUGAGAGUAAUUGCUACCAAUUAUGGAGGCGAUGGAGAACCUCGGGGCUUUGACAAACCCAUCAUUGCCAUGCCUCCUCCUGUAAGGCCAAAGUUCAAAGAUCGCAAUAUUAAGAGCUUUGUGGUGGUGAGAUCAGGAAACACCAUUUGUCUCAACAUCCCUUUUGAGGCUUCACCCCUCCCAGAGGUCUCUUGGUUAAAGGACGGUAUUUCAGUGGGUAAACAUGUAACAAUUACCAGCUCUGAUAAAGGUACUCAAAUGUUAAUCCCGAUGUCUGAGCGGUCUGACUCUGGGGUCUACACCAUCGUGGUCAAGAACCUUGUUGGCCAAGAGAGCUUAAACGUUGAAAUUAGAGUAACAGAUGACCCCAAGCCUCCAGGUCCAGUGGCGCUAGAUCAGAUCGUCCCAGGAACAGUGACUUUGUCCUGGGCACCCUCUCCAGAUGAGAAGAAGGACGACAGGUUACAUUAUAUUGUAUCCAGAAGAGACACCUUCAAACGCACUUGGAAGACAGUGGCGGAAAGCCUCUUUAACAACAAGUUCACAGUGGUCGACAUUGUGCCUGGACGAGAGUAUCACUUUAGGGUGUUUGCUAAAAAUGACAUGGGCCAUUCAGUGCCAUCUGUAUCACCUGCCUUUGAAAUCCAGAAGGAAAGAGAAAAGUUCACCGUGAAUAUGCCACCGACAAAACCUUUGGACUUCUCGUCACCCCCAUCAUUCAUCAAGCCGCUCAGGCAACGCACGCCUCCGGAAGGUUACGAGUGCCACAUGAGCUGUGCGGUGAAAGGCAAUCCAGCUCCUCGAGUGACAUGGUAUCGUGACAACGUCAGCCUGAACACGAACGCCAACUACUACAUCAGCAACGUCUGUGGCGUUUGCUCCUUGCUCAUUCUGAGGGUGGGGGCGAAAGACAGCGGGGAGUACAAAGUGGUCAUUGAGAACGGUCGGGGGAUAGCUGAGAGCUCCAUGAUGCUCAACGUCAGAGUGUGA